GGAGCAACUGUGGAGGGGGUCCGAGCAGUGGAACCGAAAUUAAAUAAAUAUAUCACACUAUUUUCUAGACCUAAAGUUAGUACCAAAAUUGUAUAUUCCGAAAGCUAUGGCCGAUUCAGUGGCCAAAAAUGGAAAUAUUUCGCUCCUUGAAUCGGAGCUUUAUUAUCUUAUCUCACGGUUUCUGACAACGGGUCCUUGUCGGAGAGCGGCUGAGGUUCUUGUGAGCGAACUAGAGGAAUAUCAGCUCCUUCCCCGUAGGCUGGACUGGGAAGGAAAUGAACAUCCAAGAUCUUACGAAGACGUGGUUGCAACAAACAGGCACAUUGCACCGGACCACUUGUUGCAAAUAUGCAAGCGCAUUGGGCCCAUUCUUGAUAAAGAAGUGCCAUCCAGUGUGGCGGGAGUUAGCUCGCUGCUGGGCACUGGGGGACAUUCGUUACUCCGCACAUCAAAAGAUUGCGGUGUCGUGAAGUGGAAAGGCUCGUCCUUCGCUGCACUCCACAGAGGCAGACCACCAGAGAGGCCUUCGAGUUACAGAGGCGCCCCAAAUUUAGUGGAAGUAUGUCGUGGGAGAGAGUUGACCGGCGCGCAGAGGUUCAGCUCCGUGAGCCCCGUAAGCAACUAUCAGCACAUGAGGAUGCACCGAAGGAUCCUGGGCCACCUAUCUGCUGUCUACUGCAUCGCCUUCGACCGCACCGGCCUCAGGAUCUUCACAGGCUCAGACGACUGUUUGGUGAAGAUUUGGUCGUCAUUCGACGGGCGGCUUCACUCCACGCUGCGGGGCCACUCGGCCGAGAUCUCGGACCUGGCCGUGAACUUCGAGAACACUCUGAUCGCCGCCGGCAGCUGCGACAAGACCAUCCGUGUGUGGUGCCUUCGGACCUGUGCCCCCAUGGCCGUGCUGCAGGGCCACACCGGCUCCAUUACCUCGCUACAGUUUUCUCCAUUUGCCAAGGGCUCAAAACGAUACAUGGUAUCCACAGGUACUGAUGCAACGGUCUGCUUCUGGCAAUGGGAUGUAAAUAAUAUCAAUUUCAGUGAUCGGCCACAUAAGUUUACAGAACGGCCCCGGCCAGGGGUUCAGGUGGUUUGCUCGUCCUUUAGCCCAGGUGGCAUGUUUUUAGCAACGGGCAGCACAGACCAUGUUAUCAGAAUAUAUUACCUGGGAUGUGGCAAUCCAGAGAAAGUAUCUGAAUUAUCUGACCACACGGACAAAGUGGACAGCAUCCAGUUCUGUCACACAGGAGAGAGGUUUGUGAGUGGCAGCGGAGAUGGAACGGCACGAAUCUGGCGGCUGCAUCGGCAGCAGUGGAGGAGCCUUCUUCUGGACAUGAGUGCCACUCUGCCGUCUGAAACUGUAACAGUAAGGGAGGACCUCUUCUUUAAGGCCAAGGUUACCAUGGUGUCCUGGGAUCGGCAUGACAACACGGUCAUCACCGCUGUCAACAACUAUCUGAUCAAAGUCUGGAACUCGUACACAGGAGAGCUGCUACAUAUCCUAAAGGGUCACGAGGCCGAGGUGUUUGUACUGGAGCCACACCCAUUCGACCCCAGGGUCAUGCUGUCGGCCGGCCACGAUGGCAGCGUCUACAUCUGGGACCUCCUGAAAGGCACAAAGACACAGCACUACUUCAAUAUGAUUGAGGGCCAGGGUCAUGGCGCCGUCUUUGACUGCAAGUUCACGCCGGAUGGUCAGCGCUUUGCCUGCACCGACUCCCACGGCCACCUCAUCAUUUUUGGCUUCGGCAGCUCCAAGCCCUACGAGAAGCUUCCAGACCAGGUGUUCUUUCACACGGACUACCGGCCACUGAUCCGCGAUGCCAACGGCUUCGUUCUGGACGAGCAGACGCAACAGGCGCCCCAUCUCAUGCCCCCACCCUUCCUGGUGGAUGUCGACGGCAACCCACACCCCCCCAGGUACCAGCGCCUUGUGCCGGGCCGAGAGAACAUCGCCGACGAACACCUGGUCCCGCAGCUGGGCUACGUGGCCACAAGUGACGGGGAGGUAGUAGAGCAGGUAAUUAGCCAGCAGCCUGGCGAGAGUGUGGAGGUGGCGGUCGGUCGGAGUGCUCUAGACCAGGCCAUCCGGGUCCUGCAGCAGAAUCAGGACCGGCGCAUCCCAGCGCUGCCCGAAGGAGCAGUGGCGCCCCCCCCGGCCCCCCUACCCGCUCCCGGAACCCCCCGCAGAGUGUCCAUGAACGAGCGCAUGGAGCUACAGUCGUCCCCUAACGUAGGGCUGCGGCGGAGUGGUCAGGUCGAGGGCGUGCGGCAGAUGCAUCAGAAUGCCCCCCGCAGCCAGAUGGCCACCGAGAGGGACCUACAGGCCUGGCGGCGACGCGUGGUCGUCCCCGAGCUCACCAACAGCACCUACCGGUAUCAGGAGUGCUUCCGAACGGCCAAAGGCGAGGAGGAGACGACACUCUUCAACAUGAGGAAGCGCAGGAUCAUUCAUGGCGGUUUCAGGGACGACUCGGACGAUGAGGUGCCUUGUGUGAAGCGGGUGCCGUCACGCAAGCGCCAGCGGAAGGAUAGCGUCGCGGAGGAGUUUAUCGAGUUUUCCUGUGAGGAGGGCGAGGAGACUGCCGCAAGUUCUGAGGACCCUGACAUGGAGGGCACUGAAAAUGACUCAUCCAAUGAGGAAGAGUGGAAGAGUGACAGCUCUAGCAACUCCUCUGGCGAGUAUUCUGAUUGGACGGCUGACGCCGGCUUAAACCUAGAUCCCAACAACCCGCAGUCAUGGAGACGGUCACGACGCAAGCUCAGCAGCUCGGAGGAAGAGGAGGAGGACGAGGACGAUGCUGAGGAGGAAGAGCAGACGACACGCGAUGAAGAGGAACAAACAUCUCAGUCUCGCAAACAGAAGAAGGCCAAGAGUAAAGCACCCAAGCAUCCCAAAGCUCGGCCCUCCAUUAACAGGGAAGUGUCCAACGAGUUCAGGCCCUCUGUAUGGAUCACGGACGUCUUUCCCAGGAAGUCUCCUUUCGUCCCGCAAUUGGGAGAUGAGGUGAUCUAUUUCCGUCAGGGCCACGAGGCCUAUGUGGAUGCGGUGAGCAGGAAUAACGUGUACCCCAUCAACCUGGACAAGCAGCCCUGGAAGAAGAUGGAGCUGAGGGACCAAGAGUUUGUGAAGAUCACAGCAAUCAAGUACGAGGUGUGUCCUCCCACCCUCUGCUGUCUGAAGCUCACGCUGAUUGACCAUGGUACAGGCAGGACAACAGACAAGUCUUUCUCCAUCAAGUAUCAUGAUAUGCCAGACGUGAUUGACUUCCUGGUUCUGCGGCAGUGUUACGACGACGCCCGGAACAGACUAUGGCAGCCAAACGAUCGGUUUCGCUCCGUUAUCGAUGACUGCUGGUGGUUUGGGUCCAUCGUGUGUCAGGAGCCGUAUCAGCUCGAGUAUCCCGACAGCCACUUCCAGUGCUUCAAAGUCAAGUGGGACAAUGGGGAGACUGAAAAGCUGAGCCCAUGGGACAUGGAGGCCAUCCUAGAGAACGCCCAGCAGCCUGAGUCUGAGGGGGGAGGUGUGCCAGUUACCGGAGAGGAGAUGAUUGAAGUCCUCUACAAGCCCCAGGCAGGAGAGUGGGGCGUCAGAACGCGCGAUGAAGAGUGUGAACGCAUCAUGGCUGGCAUCGACCAGCUCAUCACCGUGGAUAUCGCCGGUCCGUUCUCUGGCCCGGUGGACAUCAGCCAGUACCCCGAGUACUGCACGGUCAUCGCGUACCCCACGGACCUGGGGACCGUUCGCAUGAGGCUCCAGCAUCGCUUCUACAGGCGAGUUUCUGCACUAGUCUGGGACGUUAAACACAUAUUCCUCAACGCCAAGACCUUCAACGAGCCUCGCAGCAAAAUUGCAGACUCUGCCAAACUCAUCACUGAUGCCCUCCUCAAGUUCAUUGGGAAGCCAGACUGUACGGACAUCAUAGAGAUCUACAAUGCACUGGAGAACUUCGAGUACUCUGAUGAGGACAUGGAGGCUGAUGUGCCCGGAACAUCAUCUGGACAUGCUCUACGUCAGACUGCAGCAGAGCCUGCUCCUGAUCCAGACGCAUGGAAGGAGCAGUGUAGGCGCCUGGUGAACUACAUAUUCGAGUGCGAGGACUCGGAGCCUUUCCGCCAUCCCGUGGACCCCAUAGAAUUCCCCGAUUAUGCAGAUAUCAUUCACUCGCCGAUGGAUUUUGAAACUGUGCGGAACAUCAUAGAGCAGGACCGAUAUGAAAACCCCAUCGAAUUUUGCAAAGAUAUUCGUCUUAUCUUUGUCAAUGCAAAAGCCUACACACCAAACAAGCGCUCAAAGAUCUACAGUAUGACUCUGCGUCUCUCUGCGUUCUUCGAAGAGCGCAUCAGAACGAUCAUAUCUGAUUACAAGACGGCAGUGAAGAGUAGCGCAAAGCUGCGCCGCAGCCAGAGGUUCCGUAAAAGGCAGCAAUACCAGGAACCUCAGACGCCAGGCCACGGAUCCACCAGCAACCAGAAAAGGGCUGCUCUGAAUGCUCAGGAAAAGGUGGAGACGUCUCCAACCAAAUCUACCUCAGCCAAAGUGACUGCAACGGAGAGGAGCAGUAGGAGGACGCGCCGGCGACAUGGAGGGCGCAGGUCCCCCACACACUCUUCCUCCUCCGAUGAUGAUGAUGAUGACUCCAAAGGAGCCUCCUCCACUCCGGAGUCAGAGAGUGAGAGCGAAAUGAGUCUGAACGACUCGGAGGGCAAAUCGCGGGGUUCGUCUCGACGGCAUCUCAGGAGAGACUCUCUGUGGUCAGGCCGUGCCACACGAAGCAGAGUGGUCCCCCACAGGAGGAUGAGGACUCUGCCAGAGAGUGAGAGUGAGAACGAGGGCUUGUCUGCCAGGAGUUACCCCAGCAGAAGCACCAGGCUCAGAAGGAAACACGCAGAGGCCUUGGACCGGAGGAGACCAGAAACCCACGCUCAAAUGAAUGGCGAUGACAGGGCUUCGCGCCUGGAGAGACGAAGGCGUUUAAAUCACAUCGCCCGCCAGACCUCUCAGGAGUCCGACAUCUUCACCAAAGACGAGGAGGAAGACGAGAAGGAUGAUGAUUAUUGCGACGAUGAGGAUGAUGAGUCAAUAUCACGCAGACCCAAGACGAGGAAGACCGCUCGGGCUGCCGCCACUAGGUUUAAGAUGCUUGAUGCCUCUGAAGAGGAGGAGGAUGACGAGGAGGAGCCGGAGGACAGUAGGCGGUCAAGCAGGAACCAGGGGUCUCGCUCCAGCAAGCGCAAAGCAGUACUGCACAGCAGCUCGGAGUCGGAGGGCCAGAAACCUUCACAGAGUGAAAGUGAGAAUGAAGAGUCUGGGAGUGAGGAGGAGGAAGAGGAGGAGGAGGAGGAGGAGGGCAGUAAGGAGAGUGGUGACUCAUCACGUCGGAACGGAGAGCGCAAAGGAAGGUGCCUUCGACCAAUGAGGAAAAGUGCCUCCAAGGGACGCCAUGACCGUCAAUCACACCUGAAUGGCCACAGUAGUAAGCAUCAGGUAAAGAGUGAGGAGAACUCCGACGGAGAGGCUAGUCCCGGAGACAGUUUGGAGGAAGACGAGGACAGUCUCAUCGUUCGUCGGAAGUUAACUAGAAGGACGGCAGCUGCUGCCGCCAGCAAAAUAAAAAAUCUGAACACCAGCGAGGCUGAAGAGGAAACCCCUUCCAGAAGCAGACGACAGCAGGGAGCCCCCAAAACCUCUGAGGAAGAGGAGUGUGAUGACUACGAAGAGGUCAGAGAUGCAAAAUUCCAGAAGCACCCUCACCAAAACGGACGUAAGAUGAGCGGAGAGGCCGAAGCCACUUCAAGAAGCCAAGAACAAACAUCUGCCUCACGCACACAUGCCACCAAGACACCUUCGAAUGCCGCUGCCUCACCAUGCACUCAAGGGUCUGACGACCUCAGCAGCGUUCCCAGGAAGAGUAAGACGCGGAAAAAGAAAAUCAUGUCAGACGAUGAAGAGGAAGAUGACGGGGAACUGUCAGAUGGAGAAGAUGAAGAUGAGACCCAAGAGAGCAACACCACUGAGGAGGAUGGAGCCAGUAAAAAGAGGUCAUCACGAAGCAGAAACGGAUCAAGGAGACAUGAGUCCAGCAAGAAUCAGGAGUUCUCAAGGAGUUUACAAGAGUCCCCAUCUGAAAGUGUAGAAGAGGAGGAGGAAAAGGAGGAGGAGGAUGAAGAUGAAGGGGAGAGGCCAAGAAAAAACGUCAAGAAGAAGCAAGGUGCUUCGUCAGAUGAAUGGUCUGACAGAGAAGAGGAAAGCAUUUCCAGUCGAAAACCACAACUGAGAGCACUGCCUAAGAAGAAGUAUAUUGCUGACGACUCGGAAGAAGACCACAUCUCUGAAGAAGGCGGUCACUCAAGGAAUGGCAAGGAGGAAGAGGAGUAUGAUGAAGGGGAGAGGCCAAGAAAAAGCGUCAAGAAGAAGCAAGGUGCUUCGUCAGAUGAAUGGUCUGACGGGGAAGAGGAAAGCAGUUCCAGUCGAAAACCACAACUGAGAGCACUGCCCAAGAAGAAGUAUAUUGCUGACGACUCGGAAGAAGACCACAUCUCUGAAGAAGGCGGUCACUCAAGGAAUGGCAAGGGCUUGACUAGUGACCCAAAGCAUCAUGCCAAAUGGAAAAAGGAGCAUCAAGACAAACACGGAAGGAGUAAAGCCACCUCUGUAAAACGAGAACAAACAUCUGCCUCAGACACACAUACCACCAAGAAACCUUCUGUUGCUGCUGCUGCUGCUGUUGCUGCAAGCUCAACACCUGCGCACAAAUCUGAAGACCUUAGCGACGUUCCCAGGAAAGGAGGAUUGCAGAAAAAGAAAAUAAUCUCUGAUGAGGAGGAAGAGGAAGAGGAGGAGGAGGAGGAAGAAUUAGAAGAGGUGGAAGAGGAGGAGGAGGAAGAAGAGGGAGAAGAGUCCUCAGAAGAGGCAGAAGGAGAGAGCCAACAGAGGCAGACCACGGAAGAGGAUGGAACCAGUAAGGAGCAGGCUUCAUUAAGCAAGAAUAGAUCCAGAAGAUGCGACUCCAGAAGGCAUCUUGGGAAAUCCAGUAGGAGAGCAGAUGAGUCCCUCUCUGAAAGCGAGCCAAGAAAAAGCCAUAAGAAAAAGCAAAGCUCCUCCUCUUCCUCCGAGGACUGGUCCCACAGCAAGAGCGAAGAGUCUGACCGGGAAGAGAAACACUUGUCCAGCCGAAAACGACGACUGAGGGCACUACCUAAGAAGUAUGUAACCGACGACUCCGAGGAUGACCUGGAAGCAGGUCACUCGAGGAACGAUAAGGGCUUGACCAGUGAGUCAAAGCAUCGAGCCAAACGGAAACGCAACAGAGGCUCAGAAGACUCAGGAGAAGACCACAGAAGCCACAGCAAGAGACGGAAAUCGAGGGACCAGUCAGAGAGCGAGAAUGAUGAUGAAGAUUACCACAAACAGAAAACGUCAAAGUCAACAUCAUCCAGAGGUUCCCUGAAGGAGCUCAAAAGGAGGUUGCUCUCUGAGGAGGAGGAGGAGGAAGAGGAGGAGAGGCGCAAGUCUCGACAUGGCCAGAAACUCAAACGGAAAUGUGGUGUCUCCAGCCCCGAGAGUGAAGAGGAGGUGGAGGAGGAAGAAGAAGAGUCGGGCUCCGAGGUGAGCACCUCUAAAAGGCGAACGGGGAGACGACAGGCAGAGAGCAAGAGGAGGUCCCACAGGAGAGGCAGUGACUCGGAUGCAGACAGUGAUUACGGGAAACCCGAAAGGGCCACAAAAAUCCGGACCAGGUACCGUGGAAAGAGAACUGUGACCUACAAUGAUAGUGAAUGAAUGGGUUCAAGCCAGCCAGCAUUCAGCCGACCAGGAAGGAGGACGAGGUAAUAAAUGAAAGAAAUAAAUAGACACUAACUGGAGACCUUGAAGACAACUUGAUGUCCAGGGAAGGGAAAAAAAUGAAUUGGUAGCAGCACUGGAGUUAACACAGAGCAAAUACUGUGAAUCUGUUUUAAUUCAGGGAUAUUUAUAUUUUCUAUGAAAAAAAGAUUUAUAGAACUGCUGGUUUUUGGUUUGGGCAAACCAGUGCCAUUCUGCUUCAGUGACUUGUGAUUCAUUAUUUUUUUUCCGUUUGGCCAGCAAAAGUGGGGAAGUAAAGAAAAAUAACAAUAACACGCAUACACAAACACGUUCGGGGGUGGGGGUGGGGUGCUUUGGGUGCUAUCUUAAUAUACCUCCACUCUAAUCAAGCAUAUGUUGCUGGCUUGCACUAUGAUGCACACUGUACUGAGGUGUUUUUCCUACACUAGCUCUAGCAGAAUAGAAACUCAGGGGUCAACUACGUUUACCAUAGUCUCAAACUUGCAAUUUUUUGUCCCAUAUUUUUGUUAAAUGCUGAAGAGAGUAGAGUAGCAUUAUAUGAAAUGAUUUCAGAUAUGGCGGUUUGCAGUUGAAGCACACUCAAAAAAACUGAAAUAAACAUGUCACCCAUUUUCAACACUCCUUUUGUGAAAACGCUUUGGUAUCCAUGGUAUUUGUGGUAUUGAAUAAUUUGUAUGAGCCAAAAUGUACAAAUUUGAGUCCUUACCUUCUCCCCUGCUGUUAUUGUUUUCUCUUUUGGUAUUUUUUUUUAUUGUGUAUAAUUUACUUUUUGUUCUUUCUAGUUGACAUUUUUGAUUGUCAAAUGACCUUAAUGUGCAAAUUUUUUUUUUCCAUUAUGUAGCAAAAGUUUGGCAUAUUUAAAUUGUUUCAGUCGAGCAUUAUUCCUCCCUCUCUACUUUGGAUGCAUUGUCUUGCCAUAAUCAAAUUAAUUGGUACCCAUUUGCGAAGUACAGGAGAUCAGUAGUACUUAUUGCAAAAUGCAGUGAUUUCUCAUAUUGGGAAGAAGUUCUAGUGUUUUGUGUUUAUGUAUUUUCAGUAUUAAACUCCUUGUCAGAUUUUGACUGGAUACAACCGUUAA